CGCUCACUAUUGCGUGACGACAGGCGCGUAACUUGAUGACGAAGAACACAAGUGACCCGACGACGGGAAGAUGGCGGAGUACCUAGCGUCCAUUUUUGGUACAGAGAAAGACAAGGUCAACUGCUCCUUCUACUUUAAGAUUGGAGCAUGUCGACAUGGAGAUCGCUGCUCCCGACUCCAUAAUAAACCAACUUUCAGCCAGACCAUCUUGAUCCAAAACAUCUACCGUAACCCUCAGAACAGUGCUCAGACAGCUGAUGCCUCUCGCUGUGCCGUUAGCGAUGUGGAAAUGCAGGAGCAUUAUGAUGAGUUCUUUGAGGAAGUCUUCACGGAAAUGGAGGAGAAGUACGGUGAGGUGGAGGAGAUGAAUGUGUGUGAUAACCUGGGUGAUCACCUAGUUGGCAAUGUUUAUGUGAAGUUCCGGCAUGAGGAGGAUGCAGAGAAAGCUGUGAUGGACCUGAAUAACCGCUGGUUUAAUGGCCAGCCCAUUCAUGCUGAACUCUCACCGGUUACCGACUUCAGAGAAGCCUGCUGCAGGCAAUAUGAAAUGGGGGAGUGCACUCGAGGUGGCUUCUGUAACUUUAUGCACCUAAAGCCAAUCUCCCGUGAGCUGCGGAGGGAACUGUACGGACGGCGUAGAAAAAGGCACCGCUCUCGGUCUCGCUCUCGUGAACGUCGCUCUCGCUCACGGGAUCGUGGCCGUCGUGACCGGGAGAGGAGGAGAUCAAGGGAUCGUGAACGCUAUGGAAGGUUUUGAGUCGUCAUGUGAAACCUUUUUUGGUUUUUAUUCUUCGGUGUAGUGCUCUUCCCACCCCCCAAAUGACCGUUUUCCUGGAACAUUGGACUUUGUUCUGUACCUUACUUUUACCCUAUUUUUCCUCUUUUUGUUUUUUUAAGAUCGGACGAAUAUGAAAGCUCAGUUUCUCAAUAAAAGUACAUUGUUAUUAA